CUUAUGUUACACUGCUCUGGGGGAUGGUGCACACAAACCAGCCUUUGUACAAAUGGAUAAAGUGUACAGACGAGCUGUGACACACAGAGAGUUGAGAGUGUUGAACCAAAAGGAGAACCGGGAUCUCAAGCAUAAACUUAACAUGCUGGAGAAACAGUACAGGUACGCCCGAAAAAUGCUUCAACAGAGACGAGACUCACUGAUGAAGGAACACAGAAAAGUGGUGAUGGUAAAAGUCUGCGAACCUAAAGCUACAGUAAACAUUGCUAUGAAAGAAAUAGAUGAACAUAAGACUGCAGAGAAACAUUUUAGAGGUGUUCACAAAUCUGAUGGAAGAAGACAACAUUCCAGCAAAUCCCAGUAUAAUGACACAGGAUGUAAACUGGUGGAGCAGAGUCGGUCAGUAUCAGCACUGCUACCCUCGGUUACCCCUACAAGUUCAAUAAGAAGAAGAGGCCACAUCCAGAGCAAUCUUUCUCUAAUGCAGAUGAAAAAUAUCGCAACUAUUGACUCCAUAUCAGAAAAGGAGCAGGUAAAGCAACAACAGAAAGCCCAAGAGGAAAUAGACAGAAUGACGCAGCUUCAGAGGGAAACGUUACACAAGAGGAUCACAGCAUUUAUAGAAAGUCUCCAGGAAAAAGGCAAACUGGAAAUACCUAUGGAACCUUCGUAGAGGAACCUGAAAGUUUAGAGUCAUUAACACAUUUAUUUUCUUCUCACAGCUCAACACAAAGUUUAACUGAUAACAUUUUAUUAUAAACAAUGAGUAUGUGCAUUUCUAUCAAAAUGUAAAAACAAUGCUUUUUAUACACAUUCAGUGCUUCACUUCUGAAUA